CUGUAAUUAUUUGGAAAUAUAAUCAGUUACAUUAUUUUAACUUCAAAAUUUUGAGACUAAAAGCCUGAUAUUACUUAAUAAAACAGCAAUGUCUGAUGUGUGAGGAUUGUAAACAUUUAAAAAAUACAGUCAAAUCUCAUCUCUAAUAAUGUGCAUCUUUAAGAAUAUAAACAUUAUUUGGAUAUUUAAUUCCUCCUCAAAUAUAUAAAGUAUAGCAUCAGAAGUUAAAUAUCUGUGCAUUUACAUGGAAAACUAUUUCUGUACUCAGUUGACUGUUAUAUAUUUGUUUGUAAAACAAGUUAAGUAUAUUGGAUUUAUGAUUUUAUUCCUUUUAAACCUGAGAAGUACAUAUAAUUCUGUAUUUUUCUAUCAGUUUUAGAUAUACUGUUCACAAAUUUCUGUAAUUUGGGGAUAGCAAAAAUUAAAUUUUUUAACCAAUAAAAAGAAAUGAGAAAAAUAUAACUAAACUUUUAAUAUCUCUACACAUGUAGACUAUUGACUAACUACAAAUGAUUUUUAAGGAAGAGGUCACUUGCCAAUGGUGGAUUCCAAUAACUCUUGUUAUUUAUUAAGUAUUAAAAAAACUUUUCAGUUAAUAACACACAAAAUAAAACGAUGUUUUAUAAGGAAAAACAAUUUUUCAGUUUAAUAGAAUAUUCUGGGGUCUAGUUACAAAAUUGUUAGAAUCAUAACUUUAGAAAUUAGUAGAUGAAAUGUAUAUAGAAACCAUAUUGUAUUCAUUUUUCCAAAUUUAUAAUAAAAGGGCCAUGUGUUGUACUUUUCUGAACUGUCUACAGAGCCCUGAAAAUUAAUUUAGAAAUCAGCCAUUCAGUUUAGAUUUAUAUGUAAAUUGAAAAAUAUCAUACUACAGUAAAACCUGUGAAAGGUAAAUCCUGCGAAAGCUGGAAUGUGUGUAAAGUGGAAACCGGUCAGAGAAGCAAAACACAAAUAUUUUCCACUAAAAGGGAGCGAUAUAAAAGUGGUAAGACUGCACCCUAUCAAACGCAGAAAAUUUGCGAGUCUGGGGUAAAGAAGGCAGUCCCGUCCAGUUUCGGCUAUCACAGGUUUCACUGUAUUUGUUUAUAUUAACUGUACACUUGGCAAAAUAAAUGUAAGAUUAUUAUUCUGCAAUAAAAAAAUUUAAAAAGCAGUGGUGAGAUGUGACUUACCUUUGAGUAUAUAGUCAUUCAAAGGUGGUUUAUCUGUCCAUUUUUUCCAGAAUGUUUCUGAUUUUAAUGAUUUGAACAAGGAAUGUGAGUUCUUUGAGAACAGUAACCGUGGUGGUGGUUUUUUUCUUCCUGCAUAUAACCCACAGCACUGUAGCUAGUGCCUAGCCCCAAAAAUUUCUGUUGAAUGACUGGUUGACUGAAUGAGUGAAUAAAUGGAUCUUUAAAAAGUGACUGUAGAAAAAGUUGUGGCAUUCAAGAAUGAAGUGAAAAAAACAGUAAAAAUGCACUUUUUUAAACGAUGACGGGAAAGGGUUGGAGUUGCACGUGGAGUUUUUCAAAAGUAGCUCAGCAGCUGCACACUCUAAGGAAUUAUGGGAGUGGGUGAGAAACUAGCAGGUCUCGAUUGGCUGACGGCAGCUGCGGUCUUGCAGCUGAUUGGCUCCAGGGAAAGUGGGAGGUGAUUGUGUCGCGAAGAUCCAGGCCAUCUGUUCUAGUCCUCAGUAGAGCUUGGAGCUGGCUUGGGGAACUCACUGUUGAGAUCAGAACCACGCCUCCUCACCUGCCAGAGCUGUUGUUCGAAGAUGAGUAAGAGUGGGUUUGGGAGUUAUAGCAGGUUCUCUGCUGCGGGUGGAGCCAGUGGGGACAAUGGUCAACCCUCUGGGGGAGGUGCAACUCCUCCUGCUAAGCCCCGAAGACCCAAAGCUCAAAUCCAGAACAUUAUACCUUGUUGUGUAAACCAGCUGCUCACCUCCACUCUGGUUGACAAUGUAUUCAAGAUUAGGGGAAUUGAGAUUUCCCAGGUCUCUAUUGUGGGGAUAAUCAGACAGGCUGAGAGGGCUCCACACUAUAUUCUUUACAAAAUUGAUGAUAUGACCUCAAAGCCGAUCGAGGUGCGACAGUGGUUUGACGGAGAUAAAGCAAAGCAGGAGAUAAUUCCGCUUCCAGUCGGAGUAUACGCCAAAGUGUUUGGCAUCCUCAAAUGCACUGGUGAAGCAAAGAGCCUUGAGGUAUUGAAAAUUCGCAUCUUGGAAGACAUGAACGAGUUCACCACACAUAUUCUAGAAACAGUCAAUGCGCACAUGAUACUGUAUAAAGCCCGCCAAGCCACCACUGGGGAAAGCACGCCCGUUGCCCCAUCAGGAAUGGAUGCCGCCAUCGAUUAUGGCAAGCACCACCUCAGCUUCAUCCGGAAGGAAGUGCUACGUUUGAUUCACGAGUGUCCUCGACUUGAAGGAAAGAGCAUUCGGGAGCUCCAGACCGAGCUUCCCAGCGUGAGCAUCAGAGCCAUCAAGGAAGCGAUUGAUUAUCUGACCAUCGAAGGCCAUGUCUAUUCCAGUGUGGAUAAUGAGCAUUUUAAAUCUGCUGACUGAGGCAGCUAAAACACUUUUCAUUUUCAGAAGACCUUUGCCUCCAGCUGUGAGUAAUUUUGACCUGUUGACUUUUAGGAAGUAGGAUUUUUCAACAAAAGAUCUUAACUGGCACCCUUUUGAAAGUUUCUGUUUUUCUAACUGUAUUUGAAGCUUAGAAGGAGAUAGCGAAGGAUAAAUUGAUUGAAUGUUUUGAGGAAUUAUCAGAAAGGUAAUGAAAAUGUUAUUGUAUGGAUGAAUUUGGUGGAAAAAAGGUACAGAAGAUUAAAGAUUAUCAUUUAAUUGUUUGGGAGCUUCUUUUUCUGAAAUAUCUAUAUAUUAGGAGAAAUAUAUACAUACAGUCAGCCAACUAAGAGACAAAAAAAAAGUUUUCACACUUUUUCCGUGAGACUUAUUUUCCAUAUGUUUGGAGUUAACCUAUUAUAAUAUUUCUCUUGCUAAAUAUAAUGAUUGAUUAGUUUCAGUGUGUGCUAAAGAUAGUGAUUGAUUAAUUCAAAUGUUCAAGUGUUUAUUGAGUGACUUUCUCUUAUUACUAUAGGUUUUGGAUUUUGUUUUUUAAUAUGACUUUAUGUCUAAAUAAUUCAUUUUUUAAGGGUCAUCUUUUAUUAUUUUUCCUUAAGAUGUGAUGAAGCUUAAUGAUUAUUUAAAAUUCAUUGUGAUUAUAUUUUGAUGAAAUUACUCUUUAUUGUAGUUGCAUGGUACAUGGAUACCAGACUUUUUGAAAUUUUGAUGUUCUGGUAUAUUAUCUAUACUGCUAAAUGCUCUGUUUUAUGUACAACAGAGUAAUAUUCUUAUAGGGUAGGCAAACAAACAAAAACAAUUAUUUUAGGAAUAUUAAGCUUACUAAGGUUAAUAGAAAUUUGUUUGUUGUAUUAAAAUACUUUUGCAAAAUCUUAACUUUCUUGUAUGAUUUUUUUCUAAAUACAUUUGAAAAGUCUUUUGUUGUAUGUCCUUGAGAAUUAAUAGUUUUACUUGUCCAGAAGAAAUUUUUCUUUUCUAUAUAUGUUGUAAUGAUGUAUUUUAAUGUAGCUUAUAUUAACUAUGUGAUAUUUUAAAAUAACUGACCAUGAAUAAAAGCUCUUAGUUAUACAUUCACUAAAGAUGUUUUUCAAGGUAUAGAUUUGUUAUUUUCAAAAAACAAAACAAAACAAAAACCCACUG